AUCUUGAUGUAAUGCAUAUAGAAAAGAAUAUAGUUGACAGUAUUCUUGGAACUCUCUUGGAUAUAUCUGGAAAGACAAAAGACCACCUAAAUGCUCGAUAUGACUUGAAAGAAAUAGGCAUUCGUAAGAAUCUUCAUCCAAAAGAAAUAAGAGGUCAUAGAAAAGUGAAGUUUGCAAAAGCAUGUUUCUCCAUGACUAAAGCUGAGAAAUCAAUUUUUUGUGAUGUCUUGAAGAAAGCAAAGCUACCUGAUGGUGCUGCCUCAAAUAUUUCUCGAUGCGUGAACCUUGCAGAAAGAAAAGUAUCAGGUUACAAGACUCAUGAUGCCCCUUUUAUGCUGCAUUAUUUGCUGCAAAUUCCCAUCAAAAGUAUACUUCCAGAUUCGGUCGCAAUCCCUUUAAUUCGGCUUGGCUCUUUUUUUCGUCAGUUAUGUCAAAAGGUUAUCACAUUAGAAGAGAUAAAUCAAUUGGAAGCAGAGAUUGUGAUAACACUAUGCCAAUUGGAGAGGAUUUUUCCUCCUUCAUUUUUUGACAUAAUGAUGCAUUUGCCUAUUCAUUUGGCUAAUGAAGUGAGACUAGGCGGCCCAGUUCAAUUUCGGUGGAUGUAUCCUCCCGAAAGAUACAUGUGUACUUUAAAGUCAUAUGUUCGAAAUAGAAGUCGUCCUGAAGGAUCUAUUGCGGAGGCCUACUUGGUUGAUGAGUGUUUAACUUUUUGCUCACGUUAUUUACAUGAUGGUGUUCAAACAAAAUUGAAUAGAAUACCCCGGAAUAAUGAUGCUAAUGACUUUGAAGCGGAAAUUCCACAUUCAUUUCCAAUUUUGUUUCCUAAGAAAGGCUGUCCAUUGGGAGCAAAGAAGGGUGAGAUUUUUUCUCUUGACGACAAGUCUCGAAACCAAGCCCAUAGCUAUAUAUUAUUGAACUGUGGAAAAAUUGAAGACUAUGUUAGAGAGCAUGAGGCUGAUCAACAAGGAACAAGUUGGGUGAAAGCUAAGAACCAUAGUAUGAACUUUCCCUCAUGGUUUAAAGCACGUGCCAUGCGUCAGAAUGUUCCAGAUUGGAUUAAGGAGCUUUCUAGAGGGCCCAACAAGAUUGCAAAAAGAUAUUCAGGGUAUUUUAUCAAUGGGUAUAGAUUUCAUACUAGGCAACGUGAGGCAAGACGCAAGACGCAAAAUAGUGGUGUAACUUUAGUUGCGUUGACUACGAGCUUUGUAAGUGCAAAGAAUCCAAAUCCAAUUCGUGCAAAAGUUUCCUACUAUGGCAGAAUAAAUGAUAUAAUUGAGUUAGACUACUUUGGCAAUUUUAAGGUUGUAGUGUUUAGAUGUGACUGGUAUGAGACUCAAGAGGAUGGCUAUGGCUCUUCGUAUGUUCAAUUCAACAAAAAAUGCUAUCAAGAAGAGCCUUUUGUGUUGGCAUGUCAAGUACACCAAUGCUUCUAUGUGCAAGAUCCAUUUGAUCAAAAUAAACAUUAUGUUAUGAAGUCAAUUCCAAGGGAUUUAUUUAGCAUAGGUGACGAAGCUGAUGUUGAUCCCCAAGCUAUAUAUGAAAAAGAGCCAUCUGACCAGUCAAUGGGUCCUUCUAUACCCAAUGAUAAUGGUGAAAUUGAUUUGAUUAGGGGUGACUUACACGAAGUUGUUAUAGAUGCUUCAAAAGGAGUUCUUCUUUCACAAGAAUACAACACAGAAUCAGAAGAUAAUUCCGAAGACGACAUUGAAUGAUUUAUACUUUUUUCCUUCAUUACACUAAA